ACCUUAUCUGUCUCAACGCCCACACCACCACCACCACCACCACCUGCAGCACAAGCAGCAGCAAUUCAAGGCCACUUCGUGCUCAGACACACAACCGCACGGUUCGGCUUCUUCAGCGUCGCAGCCGUCGUCUUUCCACCCCCCGAGCUCCUCCGCUGAGCCGCGGUUGGCCCACAUACGGUGCGAUAGAAGUUCAACACACGUGCGCGCGUAACGCGAGCAAGGUGGGGAGCGGCACCGCAGUCGAGACUGGAGCAGCGAGCGUCGUGGCGAUGACCGCUUCUCCUGGCGGCGCCAUUCACAGGGCGAAGGUCGCCGCUGCCCGCGCUACCGCGUGCGGCGGGAGAUCCUUGAGUCUCUUCGUCAUCCAGCUGACUUUGUCCCUCGUCGGCGGCCUCAGACAAGUCGAACGGACGUGCAACUGCACCGUCGGCGGCUGCGUCAACAACGCGUGCCGCACCAACAACAGCUGCUACGCGUUCAAGAAAUGGACCGAUGACAAGUUGGACACAGAGUUCGGAUGCACAAUGGACAACGAGAUUCGCUGUUGGAGUGGAUCGUUCCUGUGCUGCUUUAAUAGAGAUUAUUGCAAUGAAGGGCUGAACCCAAAGACCCCUAAACGUCCCACAGACGGCGGCGAGCGCGGAUCGACGAUGAGAUACGUCUUGAUCACCAUUAUCCUGUUCACCAUGGGACUCGUUGCGCUGUUGUGCAGCCUGACAUGGUCCAGACUCAGCAGCAACGACGUCCAGCUGUGUGGACGACAAAUGGAGAUCCUUCACAUCGAUCAGCAAUUCCCUAACCCGAAGGAGAAGCACGCCGAGAGGAAGUCGCUGCUGAACGAGGUGCAGCUGGGAACGAGGCUGGCCGUGGGCGGAUUUGGCCAAGUGUCGCGCGCGGUGUGGAGGGACCGAGCGGUGGCCGCCAAGAUGAUCUUGAGCAAAAACGAAGCGAGCUUCCUGUGGGAGCUCGACAUGUACAAGACCCACCUGCAGAGCCAUCCCAACGUGCUGGCGUGCCUGGGUUCAGACACGUACGGGUGGCCUGACUGCACAAUCCACUACAUCAUUACGGAGCUACAUCCAGCCGGUUCUUUGUACGACUUUCUGCUCGCUCAGAGCGUCCAACUCCCCCAGGUGAUGGUGCUCUCCCACUCGCUGGUCAACGGCCUGAGACACCUGCACACGAGCAUCGCGGGACACAUACCCAAACCUUCCGUCGCACACCGAGACCUGAAGAGCAAGAACGUGUUGGUGAAGAGCAACGGGGAGUGCUGCGUGGCGGACUUCGGACUCUCUGCGUAUCACGAGAGUUCUGAACAGAGGGCGUUCAUCCCGACGGACAGCGAGCUGUCGGGAACGCGCCGGUAUGCGCCUCCUGAACUCCUGAGCGGCGCGCUGAAGCACGGCGGCCCCAUCGCGGCGUACACCCGCGGGGACAUCUACAGCCUGGCUCUCGUGCUGCAGCCACUGGAAUUCCCGGACGCACUAAACCUCCCUCCCCCAUACCACAUCCCUCUCGUAAACUUUGUGAAGCGCUUUGGAUAA